AUGGAACAGCUAAAGGAAGGGGCUGAGCCCGAAGGGAACGACCUGUCCCUGCCAUCACCUGGGACUGAAUCGUGGCCCCCUGCGCCCAUCCCAGUCCUGCCACCCUCGCUCCUGGGCACCCCAGAUCCAGCCCACCUGGGGCUCCCUGAGAGCCUGGCCUCUGUUACCGUCCCCAUCCGUCUGGAUGCCCUCUCCUACCUCCUGCAUAGCGCCUUUCUGGGGGUGUAUAGCUUCCAACAGUCCUUGCCCUCCUGCCCCUGCUUCCUCCAGGCAUGCCAUACCCAGCCGGCCACAGCCAAGAGGCCUCCACGGGGACGUGGGGGAUGGGAAGCCCGGCGCAGGCCAGGCAGGGGCCAGGGCCGGCAGUGGUGGCGACCUGGGAGAGUCGAGCAGUCACAGAAGGAGUGGGUGGAGGGCCCUGGGGCUGGCCCCAAGACCCCGCUGAUGACACCACCAUCACCACCACCACCACCACCUUCCCAGAAUAUGAAGAAGGAAGCCCAGGGUCUGGAGCCACCCCUAGACACACCACCUGCUACUGAGGACUGGGAGACAGAGUAUUAG